AUGGAUUUUAUAUAUUUCUAUCUUAAUAUAUUAUUUUUAUUUUUAUCAACAUAUUUAUUAACAUAUACAUGUACAACAAAUAAAAAGAAAUAUAAAAAAAGUAAAGGUCAAAUUAAUAGAACACCCAGUGUUUUUGGUGGUAAACCAAAAAAAGGUGUUAAAAAACCAAGUUUUGAAAUUACAUCUUUUAAAGAAAAUGAACAUGAUACUAGUCAAAGUGAACUUUCAAAACAUACUGUAAAAGAAAGUGAAAGAAAAUAUCAUGCACCAGUUAAUGGUAAUUUAAUUAGACAUCCUAAUUACAAUGUAAAAGUAAAUAAAGAAUGUGAUUUAGAUGUUCCUCAAAAAGAAAAUAUAAUACAUUUACCAUCUGGAAAUGGCAAUAUAAAUAUAACUGAAAAACAAAUUUUACAAGUUACACAAAAAGUACCGUCUUCAAAUAAAGAUCAACAAGGAGGUGGAUUACCAAAACAAUCAAUGAUAAACAGUCAAAAUAUUAUUGACCCUGUAAAGACUGUAAGAGAUUGUAAUGUAGUUGAAUAUGAUAGUAAAAUGAAACAAAUAGAAGAUCCAAUAAAAACAAUAAUGUGUGCACCAGACAACAUCCAACAAAAUGAUGCAAAUGUUAUUGUUUCUGUUGAAAAUAAAAUAAAUACAAAUCAACCAUUACAAUUAUCAAAAGACAAGCCUAAUAAUGGAACAAGAAAUAAUGAAGGUAAUCUGAAACAACCAAUUUCAUCAAAAAAUGAGGAAAAAUCUGAAAAUAAAUCAUUUGUUAAUGAUUCAAAAGUAUUAAAUGAUCAAUAUGAAACAUUAAAUAAUAUUGCAGAAGCUGCACCACCACCACCUCAAUUAUCAGGAAUAAAAUCUAUAUGUGAAAAAAAAAUUGAAGAAAAUAAUGCUUGUAAUAAUUUAGAUCUUGGAAAAAAUAAUUUAAAAAAUACUAUAAACAAUGGAGAUAAUAAAAUUUCUGAUAAUGAUAAAAAUGAAAAAAAAGACAACCAAAUAGUAAAAGAUGAAACUAAGAAAAAAAUAAAUGUUUUUGGUGAUAAGAAAAAAGAGACUGACUUAAAAAUGAAAAGAAAGUGA